AUGUGGCUCUUCAUCUAUCAUCUUAUUACACCCUGUUUCAUCUUCUGCCUGGCAGAGGAAGGAAACAAAGGUUAUGGACCUGUUUUUGAGGAGCAACCCAUUGAUACCAUCUACCCAGAAGAAUCUUCAGAUGGACAAGUUUCAAUGAACUGCAGAGCUCGAGCAAUUCCUUUUCCUACUUACAGGUGGAAACUCAACAACUGGGAUAUUGAUUUAACAAAGGAUCGCUACAGUAUGGUGGGAGGCAGACUUGUUAUCAAUAAUCCAGAGAAAUCAAGGGAUGCUGGAAAAUAUGUCUGUGUAGUGUCGAAUAUCUUUGGAACUGUCAGAAGCAGUGAAGCCACUCUGAGUUUUGGAUAUCUGGAUCCCUUUCCACCUGAAGAACGCUAUGAGGUUAAAGUGCGAGAAGGUGUUGGAGCAGUACUUCUUUGUGAGCCCCCUUACCACUACCCAGAUGAUCUCAGUUAUCGCUGGCUUCUAAAUGAGUUUCCGGUAUUCAUUGCUUUGGACAAACGACGAUUUGUGUCACAGACAAAUGGCAACCUCUACAUUGCAAAUGUAGAAGCAUCAGAUAAGGGCAAUUAUUCGUGUUUUGCGUCCAGCCCUUCAAUAACAAAGAGUGUAUUCAGUAAAUUUAUUCCACUUAUUCCACAGUCCGAUCGUGCAAAAGUAUAUCCUGCUGAUAUCAAGGUGAAGUUCAAGGACACGUAUGCUCUCCUGGGGCAAAAUGUGACGCUGGAGUGUUUUGCUCUUGGGAAUCCGGUUCCUGAACUCAGAUGGAGUAAAUACCUUGAACCCAUGCCAGCCACUGCUGAGAUAAGCAUGUCUGGUGCAGUUCUUAAGAUCUUCAAUAUUCAAUAUGAAGAUGAAGGACUUUAUGAGUGUGAAGCUGAAAACUAUAAAGGAAAAGAUAAACAUCAAGCAAGAGUUUAUGUACAAGCCUCUCCUGAGUGGGUAGAACAUAUCAAUGACACAGAGAAGGAUAUAGGCAGCGACCUAUACUGGCCUUGUGUAGCUACAGGCAAGCCUAUUCCAACAAUCAGAUGGUUGAAGAAUGGUGCCUCGUUCCGGAAAGGUGAACUAAGAAUGCAAAGUCUGAGCUUUGACGAUGCCGGCAUGUACCAAUGUAUAGCAGAAAACGCGCAUGGAAUUAUUUAUGCAAAUGCUGAACUGAAGAUUGUGGCUUCACCUCCUACUUUUGAACUGAACCCUAUGAAGAAGAAAAUCCUAGCAGCUAAAGGGGGCCGUGUAAUCAUUGAAUGCAAGCCUAAAGCUGCUCCUAAGCCAAAAUUCUCAUGGAGCAAAGGAACGGAAUUGCUUGUAAAUGGGAGCCGCAUACGUAUCUGGGAUGACGGGAGCCUGGAAAUUAUCAAUAUCACAAAGCUGGAUGAAGGUCGCUACACCUGUUUUGCAGAAAAUAAUCGAGGAAAAGCUAAUAGCACUGGUGUUCUAGAAAUGACAGAAGCGACAAGGAUUACUUUAGCUCCAUUGAAUGUUGAUGUCACCGUUGGAGAGAAUGCUACCAUGCAAUGCAUUGCAUCCCAUGAUCCCACAUUAGACCUGACAUUUAUAUGGUCUCUAAAUGGCUUUGUAAUAGAUUUUGAGAAAGAGCAUGAACAUUAUGAAAGGAAUGUUAUGCUCCGUGUUCAAAAUGACAUUAAAUCCAAUGGUGAGCUGCUCAUUAAGAACGUUCAGCUGCGGCACGCUGGGAGGUACAUGUGCACUGCUCAGACGAUUGUUGACAACUCCUCGGCUUCGGCUGACCUUGUGGUAAGAGGUCCUCCAGGCCCUCCCGGCGGUAUAAGAGUAGAAGAAAUUAGAGACACUGCUGUAGCACUUACCUGGAGUCGUGGAACAGACAAUCAUAGCCCUAUUUCUAAAUACACUAUCCAGUCAAAAACCUUUCUAUCUGAAGAGUGGAAAGAUGCCAAAACAGAACCAUCAGAUAUUGAAGGAAAUAUGGAAUCUGCUACAGUGAUUGAUUUAAUUCCAUGGAUGGAAUAUGAGUUCCGAAUAAUAGCAACAAACACUUUGGGGACAGGAGAACCUAGUAUGCCAUCACAGAGAAUUAGAACUGAAGGCGCUCCUCCUAAUGUGGCUCCUUCUGAUGUCGGAGGAGGAGGGGGAAGUAAUCGAGAGCUGACAAUAACGUGGAUGCCUUUAUCAAGAGAAUACCACUAUGGCAAUAACUUUGGUUAUAUAGUGGCUUUCAAGCCAUUUGGUGAGAAAGAAUGGAGAAGAGUUACAGUUACUAAUCCUGAAAUUGGCCGGUAUGUCCACAAGGAUGAAUCAAUGCCACCUUCAACCCAGUAUCAAGUAAAAGUGAAAGCUUUUAACAACAAAGGGGAUGGACCGUUCAGCCUCACUGCUGUCAUUUAUUCAGCACAAGAUGCUCCAACUGAAAUACCUACAGAUGUGAGCGUAAAAGUUUUGUCAUCUUCUGAGAUGUCUGUUUCUUGGCACCAUGUUUCUGAUAAAUCUGUGGAAGGAUAUCAGAUUCGUUACUGGGCUGCUCAUGAUAAAGAAGCAGCUGCACAGCGGGUACAAGUGAGCAAUCAAGAAUAUUCAACCAAACUGGAAAACCUGAAGCCUAAUACUCGCUACCAUGUAGAUGUUUCUGCCUUCAAUAGUGCAGGCUAUGGACCUCCCAGUAGAACCAUUGAUAUUAUUACCAGGAAAGCACCUCCAAGCCAACGUCCAAGAAUUAUCAGUUCUGUAAGAUCUGGUUCAAGGUACAUCAUCACCUGGGAUCAUGUGAAGGCAAUGUCAAAUGAGUCUGCAGUUGAAGGAUACAAAGUACUGUAUAGACCAGAUGGACAACAUGAAGGCAAGUUGUUUUCAACUGGAAAGCACACAAUAGAGGUCCCAGUCCCCAGUGAUGGUGAAUAUGUUGUUGAGGUCCGAGCACACAGUGAAGGAGGUGAUGGAGAAGUAGCUCAAAUAAAAAUUUCAGGUGCUGCUGCUGGAGUACCGACUCUGCUCCUGGUCCUGGUGGUGCCUACCCUGGGCGUCCUCGCCUGCUCGGGAUUCUGA